CUCCGAAUUUGGCUUCCGUCGCCUCUUCCUCUUCUUCGAUUAUCGUCUCUGCAUAUCGGUUUCAUCCAAUUACUUCACCAUUACUCCCCUAAUCAAUCAUUUUUCCAUCUCAUUCAAUGGAGUCUUUUCAUCUUCCUCACCAUUACUCCUCCUAUAAAACUCCUUUUCUUAGAUUUUCUUUCAAGUACGAUUGAUAAAACUCACACAAAAUUUCACUCACAUAUUGCUUCCAAUGGAACCUAAAGGCAACCCUAACGUCCCCGGCAACCGCAAGAUCAACAAAAAGACCGCCGCCUCCUCCGCGACUGUGAAACUAAACAGCAAGUCCCCUGCCUCUUCUCCGAUUGUUUCAUCUGCCCUUUUGAUGAAAUCAAAAGCCGAAACCGCUCUCAUUCAUGAAGAGCAGGUGUCGUAUAGACCUCCCAUUCAUGCCGAAAACCCGAAUGUGUUUAAAGCUUCUAACGGACAUGAGAGAUACAAUAGGUCUACACGUCAAGUUGCUUCUACAUUGGGUUACAUUCUUCAGAUUCUUUUUCAAACUUGUGCAGGAGCUGUAUUGCUUACAGAUGGUGUGUUUUGGUUCAUCAUCUACCCUUUUCUCACUUCCAAAGAAUUCAAUCUAGAUUUUUUCAUUGUAAUAAAGCAUUCAGUCAAUGUUGUUUUCCUCCUCGGUGAAACAUUCUUGAACUCUUUGUGGUUCCCAUUGUUUAGGAUUUCAUACUUUGUGUUAUGGACCGGUGUAUUCAUUAUACUCCAAUGGAUUGUUCAUGCUUGUGUCUCCUGGUGGCCAUACCCUUUCUUGGAUUUUUCAUCAUCCUACGCCUCUUUAUGUAUGCCGCUGUUGGGUUGAUGCACGUACCAUGCUUUGGAGUCUUUGCUUUGAUCGUGAAAUUGAAGUACAUGUGGUUCUCUAAAUGUUUCUCAGAAGAACCAUAGCUACGAAUAGUAUAUAUACUCGAAUGGUUGAUUAUAUUCUUGAACAGAGUUCAAAGAAAGUUUAUACAGAGAGAU